GCAGUUCGACGGAGUGACAGCACAGCCGACACUGGAACGCUACUCAGCAUAUGACGCUGCUGCUGCUAUUCUUGAACCAGCCACUGCUACUUCAUCCUUUUCCUCAUCUUCUUCCCACCGGGCUGGCACUGACGACGACUCUCACCGCGCCUCCUCCAGUCAACACCUCUCUUCCUCCCCAUCCUCCUCCCUGUCCUCCUCUCCCUCUCUCUCCCCCCCUCCCGCCCUCUCUCCCUCCCCGCAUCCCACGCUCCUGCUACCUGCCGUCUCCUCCUCUCUGGCUCCGGCAGUCGCCGCGCUACGAGCCCACCAAGUCAUCGCCGUCCCCACCGACACCAUCUAUGGCUUUGCUGCUGACGCGCGGUCAGCAGAGGGGAUCGCGCGCAUCUAUGAGAUCAAGGGCCGAGAUUUCAACAAGCCUCUGGCGAUCGCGGUGGCGGACAUUGCUGACGUGGCAGUGUAUGCAGAGACCGAGCACCUGCCGCCCGGGCUGCUGCCGGCACUGCUGCCAGGCCCAGUCACACUAGUUCUCCCCCACCGCCCCACCUCCCCCAUACACUCCUCGCUCACCCGAACAGUCCCCUCCAUCGCGGUCCGCGUCCCCGCUUCUCCCUUCAUCCGCGCUCUCGCCCGCCUGCUCUCCGGGCCGCUCGCCCUCACAUCUGCCAACCUCUCAGGCCACCCAUCCACCAUCGCAGCAGGGGAGUUCCGCGCGCUGUGGGAGAUGUGUGCAGCAGUGGUGGAUGGGGGGGAGCAAGCAGAGGAGAUGCGGCAAGGAUCUACAAUAGUGGAGCUGGUGCUGCCGGGGCGGUUUAAAGUGAUUCGGGCAGGAAGUGCCCUUCCGGCCACGCUCGCCACACUCCAUCGCUUUAACCUGGAAGAGUCACUCUCGUCAUGA